UCCAAGUUCCAAAAUCACACACAUCCAUGGAUCAAGAAACAGAGCAAAGAAGCUAUUGGAGAAGAUGGAGUAAGCAAGACUUCUUCCCGGAACCUACGUUCCAAAACUUCACUUCCUACAAAGAAGCCCUCUUCGACACUCCCUCCCGCCUCAAGGACCGCCUCAUCAACCGCUCCACCGACUCCUUCGAGCUCCUCCAACUCCCCAAGCAAAGCGAAAACACAAUGAAGCGUUGCCUUACGUGGUGGGACUUGGUCUGGCUCAGCUUCGGCUCCGUCGUCGGCUCCGGCAUUUUUGUCAUCACAGGCGAGGCCACUCUCCAAGCUGGACCCGCCAUUGUCUUGUCCUAUGCAAUCUCCGGCCUCUCUGCAUUGCUAUCUGUGAUGUGCUACACCGAGUUCGCUGUUGAGAUUCCAGUUGCAGGCGGGUCUUUUUCGUAUCUCCGGAUCGAACUAGGAGAUUUCGUGGCGUUUAUUGCGGCAGGGAACAUUCUCUUGGAGGCUGUUGUUGGUGCAGCCGGACUAGGCCGGUCUUGGUCUUCUUACUUCGCCAGCAUUAUCAGUUCUAACACCAAUUUGCUGCGAUUUUCGGUACAAUCUUUACCUGAUGGUUUCAAUCUUUUGGACCCUAUUGCUGUUCUGGUGAUUCUAGUUGCUAAUGGUAUAGCAAUGAGUGGGACAAGUAGGACUUCUAUUUUGAAUUGGGUUACUUCUAUUGCUAGUGCUGUUGUCAUUGUGUUUAUCAUAGCAGUUGGGUUUUCUCAUGGCAAAACUUCAAAUUUGGAGCCUUUUUUCCCAUAUGGCGCAGAGGGUGUCUUCAAGGCUUCAGCUCUGGUUUAUUGGUCUUACACUGGGUUUGAUCUGGUUGCAACAAUGGCCGAGGAAGUAAAGCGGCCGUCGAAGGAUAUACCAGUAGGUUUGAUCGGUUCUAUGAGCCUGAUCACUAUAAUAUAUUGCUUGAUGUCUUUGGGUUUGGUUAUGAUGCAGAAGUACACACAAAUUAGUGCAGAUGUUGCCUAUUCGGCCGCUUUUCAAGCUGUUGGGAUGAACUGGGCCAAGUACUUGGUGAGUAUAUGUGCUCUCAAGGGAAUGACUACAAGCUUGCUGGUUUGCUCUCUUGGGCAAGGAAGGUAUACCACUCAGAUUGCAAGAGCUCAUAUGAUUCCUCCCUGGUUCGCUUUGGUCCACCCAAAAACUGGAACCCCAAUCUACGCUACUAUUUUGGUGACCAUAACUAGUGCUGUUGUAGCACUGUUCUCUAGUCUUGAUAUCCUGUCGAGUGUCUUCUCUUUCAGUACACUUGCUAUAUUUACUUUCGUGGCUAUUGCAUUGCUGGUGAGGCGCUAUUAUGUUAGGGAUGUGACACCAAGAAACGACUUAGCCAAGUUUCUUACAAGUUUGUUUGUUAUAGUUGGUUCUUCAAUCGGAAUUGCAGCGCUUUGGAAUGCAAAUGUGCGAGGGUGGAUUUGGUAUGUAGUGGCCGCUUCAAUUUGGUUACUUGGGACUUUAUGGAUGGCAUUGCUUCCGAAGCAAAGAGUUGCCAAGGUUUGGGGUGUUCCACUAGUUCCAUGGUUGCCUGCAUUGUCAAUUGGUAUUAAUGUUUUCCUCAUUGGGUCUCUAGGCUACCUUGCAUUCUUGAGGUUCGCCAUUUGCACCGCGGUAAUGGUUGUCUACUAUUUGUUGGUUGGUGUACAUGCGACAUAUGAUGUUGCUCACCAGAUUGACCAAUAAGAAUCAAGGACUGAGAAGGGAAGUGCUAGUUAAUGGGUACUGCUGUAGCAGAUUGAACAAGAAUGGAUGCCAU